CUCUUCUUGCAGCCUCCCCAGCAGAGCUAAGUGAAGGGCACUGCACCAACCACAGAACCCAGACGGGGCAAGCGUGAACACGAGGACAAAGAAGGGCUGAUGCUAAGGGCGCCUGGCAGAGUGCGGGGCAAGAUCAAGCUCUUCACCUGCGCCUCCCACAGCUCAUCUGAGUCCUCCCUGGGCUGAGCUGCUGUGGGCUCGGCCCAGACGGCCCUAUAGCCUCCAGUUUUGCCUCCAGACCUCUAGCUUCAACCCCUUUACCCGCAGACUGUAGGUGGCUCCAAGCGGAGGCACCUCAUCAGAAGGGACUGCCGCUUCUUCCUCCCGGGACAGAUCCGGACUCCGGAGUUCUGGAGCCUGAAACUGGUGCACCACCCUCAGGAGCGUACAUCGGCGGUCGUCAUCCCCACCUCCGCGCUGCGGGAGCUGACAGCUGCGACCGAGGGCCAUGUGGGCGCCCAUCAGAAAGCCCGAAGACAGAAACAGCAUAUAGACGACCAAACCAGGCGUGUGUGGCCACAGCCUCAGCACCAUGGAGGCCCCAUAUUCCAUGACAGCACACUACGAUGAGUUCCAGGAAGUCAAGUAUGUAAGCCGUUGUGGUUCUGGGGGCGCCCGAGGGACCUCGCUGCCUCCAGGCUUCCCGAGGGGCGCAGGGCGCAGCGCUAGCGGGACCCGGGCCGGGCUGCCGCGUUGGAACCGACGCGAGGUGUGCCUGCUGUCGGGGCUGGUGUUCGCCGCCGGCCUCUGUGCCAUCCUGGCGGCCAUGCUGGCACUCAAGUACCUGGGCCCGGGAGCGGCGGGAGGUGGCGGAGCCUGUCCCGAGGGCUGCCCGGAGCGCAAGGCCUUCGCGCGCGCCGCCCGCUUCCUGUCUGCCAACCUGGACGCCAGCAUCGACCCGUGCCAGGACUUCUACUCGUUUGCGUGUGGGGGCUGGCUGCGGCGCCACGCCAUCCCCGACGACAAGCUCACCUACGGUACAAUCGCUGCCAUCGGCGAGCAGAACGAGGAGCGUCUGCGGCGCCUGCUGGCGAGACCCGCGGGAGGCCCCGGCGGUGCUGCACAGCGCAAGGUGCGCGCCUUCUUCCGCUCGUGCCUCGACAUGCGCGAGAUCGAGAGGCUCGGGCCGCGGCCCAUGCUCGAGGUCAUCGAGGACUGCGGCGGCUGGGACCUGGGCGGCACGGCCGAUCGCCCGGGAGCUGCUCGCUGGGACCUCAACCGACUGCUGUACAAGGCGCAAGGCGUGUACAGCGCGGCCGCGCUCUUCUCGCUCACUGUCAGCCUGGACGACAGGAACUCCUCGCGCUACGUCAUCCGCAUUGACCAGGAUGGGCUCACACUGCCAGAAAGAACCCUGUACCUAGCUCAAGAUGAGGAGAGUGAAAAGAUCCUGGCAGCUUACAGGGUGUUCAUGGAGCGGCUUCUCAGACUAUUGGGGGCAGAUGCCGUGGAGCAGAAGGCUCAAGAGAUCCUUCAGCUGGAACAGAGGCUGGCCAAUAUCUCUGUGUCGGAAUAUGAUGAUCUCCGUCGAGAUGUCAGCUCCACGUACAACAAAGUGACUCUGGGCCAGCUACAGAAGAUCACACCCCAUUUGCAGUGGAAGUGGCUGCUGGACCAGAUCUUCCAGGAGGACUUCUCUGAGGACGAGGAGGUGGUGCUGCUGGCCACAGACUACAUGCAGCAGGUGUCCCAGCUCAUCCGCUCCACACCCCGCAGGAUCCUACACAACUACCUAGUGUGGCGUGUGGUGGUGGUUCUGAGUGAGCACCUGUCCCCACCAUUCCGCGAGGCACUGCACGAGCUGGCCAGAGAGAUGGAGGGCAGUGACAAGCCCCAGGAGUUGGCACGAGUCUGCCUGGGCCAGGCCAACCGCCACUUUGGCAUGGCUCUUGGUGCCCUCUUUGUUCAUGAACACUUCUCAGCUGCCAGUAAAGCCAAGGUACAGCAGCUGGUGGAAGACAUCAAGUUCAUCCUCGGCCAGCGCCUAGAGGAGUUGGACUGGAUGGACGCCCAGACCAAGGCAGCCGCUCGGGCCAAGCUCCAGUACAUGAUGGUCAUGGUCGGCUACCCGGACUUCCUGCUGAAACCCGAGGCCGUAGAUAAAGAAUACGAGUUUGAGGUCCACGAGAAGACCUACUUCAAGAACAUCCUGAACAGCAUCCGCUUCAGCAUCCAGCUGUCCGUCAAGAAGAUUCGACAGGAGGUGGACAAAUCCACGUGGGUGCCUGGCCCUGAGCUAGGGGUCAAGGAGGGCCUUGAGGGAAGCAGGACGUGCUGGCAUGCUGGGUGGCUGCUCCCUCCACAGGCACUCAAUGCCUACUAUCUACCCAACAAGAACCAGAUGGUUUUCCCUGCUGGCAUCCUGCAGCCCACCCUGUAUGACCCCGACUUCCCACAGUCUCUGAACUAUGGGGGCAUCGGCACCAUCAUUGGACAUGAGCUGACCCAUGGCUACGAUGACUGGGGGGGCCAGUAUGACCGCUCAGGAAACCUGUUGCACUGGUGGACAGAAGCUUCCUACAGCCGCUUUCUGCGCAAGGCCGAGUGCAUCGUUCGUCUCUAUGACAACUUCACCGUCUAUAACCAGCGGGUGAAUGGGAAGCACACACUUGGUGAGAACAUCGCAGACAUGGGAGGCCUGAAGCUGGCCUACUAUGCCUAUCAGAAGUGGGUUCGGGAGCACGGCCCUGAGCACCCGCUGCACCGGCUCAAGUACACACACAACCAGCUUUUCUUCAUUGCCUUUGCCCAGAACUGGUGCAUCAAGCGACGGUCGCAGUCCAUCUACCUGCAGGUGCUGACAGACAAACACGCACCUGAGCACUACCGGGUCCUGGGCAGUGUGUCCCAGUUUGAGGAGUUCGGCCGGGCCUUCCACUGUCCCAAGGACUCUCCCAUGAACCCUGUCCACAAGUGCUCUGUGUGGUGAGCCUGGCUGUCUGCCUGUCUACCUGCACGCCCCCACUGCCCUGCACGGAUGACUUCCACCAGCUGCUGGGGCAGCACGAGCCCCAUGCUGCCCCGCUCCAGGUCUACCUGCCUUCCAACCUCUAUGUAACUGUCUUUCCAUACCCUGCAGGCCUUUGCUUCAGCAAGGGCCUGGAGUAAGGGCAAGGCUAGGUUCUGGGGGCACUCGAGGAGAUAGGAGGUCCCCAAACUUGGCUGUAGGCAGCUGGACGCCAGCUGGGGCUGGACUGUACAGGUCCCACUGCUGUGCUCUUGCUGAUAAGUCUGGUCAAUAAAGCUGCUGUGCUAUCUAUUA